UGAAUCGAAGGGUUUGUGAUUUUUUAAAAUUUUUCAUGGAUUGCCAGCUUAAUUCUGUAUCAAGACAGAAUUAGCAGUAGGUUCGUAGCUAAGGCGGAUGAGAAGUUUGACUUGGAAUUUUCAGUAAAUUGCCUAUAAGAAGGGGGCCUCUCUCUCUCUCUCUUGAUCACAUUAAGAGUCUCUCUCUCUCUCUCUCUUUGUUCAUAUUCACAAGUCUGACGAAGAAACUGAGGAGCAUUGUUUGAACUUUGAAACAACGGGUUUCUUUGAACAGCCUUUUAUUGUCUUCUAUGGCUGCUAUUCUUGAUAGAGACAGCACGAACAAAACCAGAGUAAAUCAGUGGUAUUCUUCUCUUUAGUCUCUUCCUCUCUACUCUAAAUAACCCAAGUUUGAGAUGGGACACUCUGUGAGAGACAAGCAAGAGGCCGAGGAGCAUGACAUUAGCAGAGCGAUAUCUUUCCACCAAAAUGGAGAUGAAAUUCCCUCUGUUUAUAAGGUCGGGUUGCCUCCGAAACGCAAGCUCAUGAGCGAAUUCACUUCCACAGUCAAGGAAACCUUCUUUGCAGAUAACCCAUUUCGCCAUUUCAAGGACCAAUCCAAGUCCAAGAAGCUUAUUUUGGGUUCUCAAGCUCUCUUUCCCAUUCUUGAAUGGGGAAGAUAUUACAGUUUGAGUAAAUUCAAGGGUGAUCUUAUCGCCGGAUUGACCAUAGCCAGUCUUUGCAUACCUCAGGACAUUGGGUACGCUAAAUUGGCAAAUUUGGAUCCUCAGUAUGGGCUCUAUUCAAGUUUUGUGCCGCCUCUGGUUUAUGCUUUCAUGGGGAGUUCAAGGGAUAUAGCCAUUGGACCAGUGGCUGUUGUCUCUCUUAUAUUGGGAACUCUUCUCCAAAAUGAGGUAGACCCUGUGCACAAUGCAGCUGAGUAUCGCCGUCUCGCUUUCACUGCAACAUUCUUCGCUGGAGUCACUCAAGCAGCGCUCGGGUUCUUGAGGCUUGGUUUCCUGAUUGACUUUCUCUCUCAUGCCGCCAUUGUUGGGUUCAUGGGUGGAGCAGCCAUCACCAUAGCUCUCCAACAGCUGAAAGGCUUGCUUGGAGUCAUUAAAUUCACCAAAAAGACUGACAUAAUCUCUGUCAUGCAUUCGGUUUGGGGCAAUGUGCACCAUGGGUGGAAUUGGCAGACAGUUGUUCUAGGAUCAGUUUUCCUGGCUUUUCUCCUACUAGCCAGAUACAUUGGAAAGAAGAAGAAGAGCCUGUUCUGGGUCUCUGCAAUCGCUCCUUUGAUUUCAGUCAUCUUAUCCACUCUUUUCGUGUACCUUACACGGGUCGACAAGGAUGGUGUACAAAUUGUUAAAAAAAUUAGAAGGGGUAUCAACCCACCUUCGGCACACAAAAUUUACUUCUCUGGACCCAAUGUAGCAAAAGGAUUCAAGAUCGGUGUGAUUGCAGGAAUGAUAGGCCUGACGGAAGCCAUAGCAAUUGGAAGGACUUUUGCAUCCAUGAAGGAUUAUCAUCUUGAUGGGAAUAAAGAAAUGCUCGCUCUAGGAGUGAUGAACUUAACUGGUUCUCUAACUUCUUGUUAUGUGGCUACAGGUUCCUUCUCUCGCUCAGCAGUGAACUACAUGGCUGGAUGUCAAACUGCAGUUUCCAACAUUGUUAUGUCAAUAGUAGUUCUUCUCACUCUAGAAGUAAUCACUCCCUUAUUCUAUUACACCCCAAAUGCAAUCUUAGCGGCCAUUAUCAUCUCUGCUGUUCUUGGCCUUAUUGACUAUGAGGCAGCACUACUCAUCUGGAAAAUCGACAAGCUAGACUUUGUAGCUUGCAUGGGAGCUUUUAUUGGAGUAGUAUUUUCCUCUGUUGAGAUUGGCCUCUUGAUUGCAAUCUCUUUGUCCUUUGCCAAAAUCCUUCUCCAUGUAACCCGACCACACACUGCUCUUCUUGGAAACAUACCAAGAACAUCCAUAUAUAGGAACAUAGAACAGUACCCAGAAGCAACAAAGGUUCCUGGAAUGCUUAUUUUGAGGGUGGACUCAGCUAUUUAUUUCUCCAACUCCAACUAUAUUAGAGAGAGAAUCCUCCGAUGGUUGAGUGAUGAAACACAAGAGCUAGACAGGAAAGGCCUGCCAAGAAUCCAAUUCUUAGUUGUGGAUAUGUCACCUGUUAUCAACAUUGACACCAGUGGUAUCCAUGCUCUAGAAGAGCUGCAUAGCAGCCUGCAAAAGCGAGAUAUUCAGCUCGCACUAGCUAAUCCAGGACAACAUGUGAUCGACAAGCUCCACGCCUCAAAGAUCACCGAUACCAUCGGCCCAGACAACAUCUUUCUCACUGUUGCCGAAGCUGUUCAGACCUUCUCUCCUAAAGCAACGGUCGAAGUUUAACCAAAACCCACCCUAACAAGUUAAAUCAAUAGGCAGUCGCUGAAAACCAACGAACAAUGCUCUUUUACAUGCUCAGGAAGAGAGAUGGGUCAUUUCAUAGCCAUUUCAUGGGAUUCUGUGGAGCAUUUGAAGUCAUGGAAACGAAGGCCACGAGUGUAAAUGUUGUGUUGAAUAAUACCAUCAAUAAGGUCAAGUUUUGUGGAAGCUUUCGAAAUUCAUAUGAAGCAAACAUAUAUAUAUAUAAUGAAGCAAACAUACAUAUAUUAUACAUA